UUUGAAUGAUAUGGGUGUGGUGCUUGUCUUGCUGCCUACUGACUGUGAAUACUAUUCAGACGUCUCCGUUCUACUCUGGCUCCUCUGGCCGGCCGUGUCCCUUGCUUUCAUUCACGUUAAUUUGGAAGAUAGGCAGCAGUUGUUGUGUGAGCGUGUGUGGCAAGGCCAGCAAGGUUGCCCGUGGCUUGUGGCACGGACGGACGGUAUGAGAACUGUUCGGACGUGCAGUCACAAAGGCAGCCAUACAUUAAAUGCCACCCACGAUAGCUAUCAUACGUCCAAUUGAUGACGAAACAGCAGUCCCGCAACACGUCACACGGAUAAAACCUUCACACGCACCCCCACGCACCCCCAGGCACACACGUGGCAUGACACCGCCACGUGGGGCUUCUUCGUUGUCUAGUCAAUCAGUCGGACUCACCACUUGAAUUCCCCUGUCAGCGAAUUGAACAGCACCUCCUCAUUGCCGAUCUGCACACACACGCACCGUGCAGGACAUUCAUACAGACAGCGAUAACCCAUCCAUCCAUCCCUCCGCUCCGUGGUGGUUGACAUUCCCACCUGCGCGAUGCCGAAUUUGGCUUUGACUUUCCACUUGCCGCUGGACGAACCCGCCUUGCGGCUCGGGCGGGUCACCUGCACACACCAACACACGAUUACAGAUCCGCGUGUUGUGGGCGAUGGCUUCUGUGUGGGUACCUGUUCGACUUGUGCGAUGAUGAGGUCGUCACAAGUUGGUUCGGGGCGCUUCUGCUCCUCGUCGCUCAGCUCGGGGUCGUCCAGAUCAGACACACCGCCCUCAGCCGCCAACGCAUCCUCCUUGACUGAGGUGACGGGCAUAGAGAAAUAGACGCAAACCACAUCCAUCUGUGUGGUUGAUUGAGGGGGCAUAUGUGUGUGUCGGUCUCGUCAUACCAGCAGCCUUCUUGAGCGAUUUGGUGGCAGCUUUGUCGGUGGCUGGGGCAGCGGCCGAUGACGAGGGUUUCGCCUCUGCUCCUACAGAGGCGAAACACACACACACACACACACACACAAACACACAACAGAGACUUCCCCACAGCCAAAACACCGACCACGGACAGUCAUACCUUGUUGUUCGUCUUCGUCGUCAUCCUCAAACUCGACUCCCUCCAAGUCAUCGUCCUCCUCCUCACCGUCGCCAUUGCCAUUGCCAUUGUCGCCCCCCUCCUUCUUGACCUGCGCCUCGUCGUCCUCCCACUCCACACCAUCAUCCUCCUCCUCCUCCUCCUCGUCACCCAACCCACCCUCAUGCUUGUGACGCUUGGCCGCUGGCGGGUGCUCGGCCUGUAGUGGCUGCGGUGGCAACUGCUGCUGCUGUUGCUGCUGCUGUUGGUCUGUGAGGGAGGAUGACGCGGCCGACGCCGACUGGCGGAGGCUGUACGGCACUUUCGAGGGCUGGGGCAUGUGGCCAUUGUCGGGCUCUGCAUGAGUGGAACAGCACACAGUGGAGCGAGCCAUCCACGUGUGUUGUUGCUGGUUGGUCACUCACUCACCUUGUUUUAUCUUGAGGACUCCGGGCGGGGGGACAGCCAUACCUCCACGAGACCUGGACAGCUGAGCCACGCACAACACAUGUGCUUGUACACAUCACAUCGUACGAUCUGGUUGUCUCGCGUGGUUAUGGUAUGGAUGUGUGCUGUGCGUACAUCGAGUGCUGGCUGUGCGGACGGCGGGGCGCCCGCUGGCGUGCCUUUGCUGACAAGAUCCAUCGCCGCCUCAAUCCAGCGCUGACAGAAAACACGCACGCAUGUGAUAAUGGUUGUGAUGUGCGACGGCGCGGGUCAUCUGCUCACCUCCUUGAGCUGGUCGAGCACUUGGUCGCUCUCCGUCUUGGACCCUGACCGCUUCACGCGCUCCACCGUAUCUGAGAGAUCCCACCCGCCGGACGAAGAGAGAGGCAUGCACGACGUCAAAGGCAGGCGAGGUGUGCAGCUCUUUGUCUGUCUGUGUCUGUCUGUGUCUGUGUCUGUCUGUGUCUGCCUGCCUGUCUGCCUGCCUGCCUCACCCUCGAUGAUUCGCAUGUAUACCUCCCUCGUAUUGUCCAUCUUCAGUAAGUCAAACUGAGACAACUGAAGCGCGGAAUCUUCAAGGAGGCACUUACACCUCCCCCGCCACUUACACAGGCGCACUGGC